ACAGGUCCCAUUUCACGUCACGCCAUGGUGUGCAUCACAUCAAAUGUUCACAUGGUUCUGGUUUUUUUAGGGUAAUAAAUCAGAAACCAGUCCCAGCAGAGACCUUACUUUUACUGUGUUGCGGAGAGGGAGAGGGAGGGAGAGAGAUGAACUUCUUGAUAAGCUCCUUGCUAUGUCUUUUGUUGACCUGGGUCCUGGUUCAAGCUUUCCAUUCAACUAGAAGGGGAAGCAAAGCAAGUUCCAGCAAUCUCCCACCUGGUCCGCGGCGGCUUCCAAUCUUCGGAAAUCUGUUCGAUCUAGGGGACAAACCUCACAAGUCCUUGGCUAAGCUUGCCGAGACUCAUGGUCCUGUAAUGAGCUUGAAACUAGGCAGCUUAAUCACGGUAGUUGUUUCCACAGAAAAAACGGCGAAAGAAGUCCUGCAAAAGCAUGACCUCACAUUCUCUAAUCGAACUAUUAUCGAUGCCGUCCGAGCCUGCCGACACAAUGAAGUCGGGUUGCCUUGGAUACCUGUCUCGCCACUUUGGAGAAACCUUCGCAAAGUAUGCACUAUGCAUCUUUUCUCCAGUCAGAAACUCUAUGCCAAUCAAUACCUGCGUCGCAAGAAAAUUCAAGAACUCACUGCCAAUAUUAAAAAAAGUUGCCACACAGGUGAAGCAAUUAACAUAGGCCAAGAAGCUUUCAAUACUUCAAUUAAUUUGCUCUCAAACACAAUUUUUUCUAUAGAUUUGGUUGAUCCAAAUUCACCUCUUGCUCGAGAAUUCAGGAAAACUAUGUGGGGUAUCGUGAAAUUGGCAGGGAAGCCUAAUUUGGCGGAUUAUUUCCCCAUUCUUAGAAAGAUUGACCCGCUAGGUGUAAGGAGCAAAAUGACUAUUCAUUUUGACAAGAUGCUUGAUCUUUUUGGUAAAAUGUUUGAUGAGCGAUUGCAAUCAAGAAAAGCUCAGGGUUCUACUGCAUCAAGUGAUAUGUUGGAUGCUUUAGUUGACAAUAUUAUUGAAGGCGAUUCAGAGGAGCUUAAUAAAACGCAUGUCACACAUUUGCUUUUGGUUUUAUUUGUUGCUGGGACUGAUACAACAUCAAGCACAUUAGAGUGGGCAAUGGCAGAACUACUUCGUAAUCCACAAGUUUUAAGUAAAGCUAAGCAAGAACUAAAGCAAGCUGUUGGCAAAGGAAAUCCAGUCCAGGAAUCGGACAUAAUUCGUUUACCUUACUUGCAAGCAAUUAUCAAAGAAACCUUCCGAAUGCACCCGGCUGCGCCUCUGUUAGUUCCUCGCAGAGCUGGAGCAAAUGCAGAAAUCUGUGGUUUCACAGUUCCAGAGGGAGCACAGGUUUUCGUUAACGCAUGGGCUAUAGGUAGAGAUCCAAGCAUUUGGGAGAACCCAAGUGCUUUUAUGCCAGAGAGAUUCUUGGGGUCUGACAUUGAUGUCAAAGGCAGGGAUUUUGUGCUCAUUCCAUUCGGUGCUGGACGACGAAUAUGUCCUGGAUUGCCUUUGGCAAAUAGAAUGUUGCAUUUGAUGUUAGGUUCUCUCAUCCACUCCUUUGAUUGGAAACUUGAGGGUGGAAUCUUGCCAAAGGAUAUGAACAUGGAAGAAAAUUUGGGCUUGCGGGCUAUCCCUAUUCUAGUGUGAUAAUACCGUUUAAAUUAAAAGAAAAACGUUCCUAGUUUGCAAUGCAUUUGUGAGGACCAUUGUUGAAUUGCUCCUCUUGUGUCUUUUGCAGUCAAAUAAUCAAAACUUUACUUCUCUAUUGCUCUAAUAUUAAUUGUAGAUAUUUAAUUUUAUUUGAAUUAAU